AGUUCAGAAUUUUGGAAACAGAUGCUAAGAUAGUGUAUAAAAAGUAAAGACAUGGAGAAUAAACUUAUCCUCACCAACCUACUGAUAUCUCCUGAGUUUGAAAGCAUAGUCCCAAUCACUAUACCAAAACUCUCAAAUAUCUUACAGGAAUCGUUUCUAACCCCGUUCAAACUUCACAAACUGAACUUGAAUCACCAACCGCAAAAAUGCCUUACACUGCACCACCAACUAGCAAGAUAUCCAUCUUUUCGCCAAAUGACUUCACUGAUAUUGAUUUGCACUCAGAUGAAGUCCCAAAGGAGCAGGUAAGCACGAAGCAGAACCCACAGUUCGACAAGGCAAGCAAGAAAACUGCGAGACGAUGCUACCUCAUCCCAAUUGGCAUCUUGAUCGUCAUCAUUGCCAUUCUUGCGGGGUUUAUCGCCUUCCUGUUGAAUAAUCCUGGUGUCAUAGGAAAGCCAUGCCCAGUCCCAGCCAAUUUCAACGAGCCUGCCACAUUAGUCCACACUCGAACCAUCAUUCGAACAGGCUCCUUGAACACAACGAAAACCACCACACAAACAGCCAACAAGACUCCUCUUACGUCUCAAGCCACAGGUAUGGCCAGUGGCAUUGAUCCUGUCGCAGUUGCAACUUGUCUAGGUGUUUUGGAAAACGCCUGCGCAAUGAAAAAUUCAUCGACAACUUUCGGUGAGUGCGAUCCGUUGUUCGAGUUUUUCUAUUGUGACCUGACCGAUAUGAGAGUGUUUCGAGGUGCAAUGGAGCCCGAUGCCGAUGGUUCGAGUCCCGUCUGUCAGCCAAUGAAGAGAUUUUGUUCAAAAGCUACUACCUUGAACAAAAAAUCCGUUUAGUCAAUGUCAGUCCGUAAACGGUGAAUCCCGAGAGCGGGGUGCAAAGAGAAACAGCAAAAUCACGUAACAGCAAUAUAGAAUUUUCCCCAUGAAUUUGUACUCAACCUUAGAUGUGAAGAUAAAUCAAACUGAAAAUACAAUGUACACUUGUUUUAAUAAAAGUCACAAAACCUUAAAUGUGUAGGGAAUUGCGAAG